GAAACAUUUCGUGGGAAGAAAAAUUCCAUUCCUGGUCAUUUUUUCAGACACAUUCGGCUUUUAAAAGACAAUAAAAUCGUAGAAUAUUCUCGUUGCAUUAUCCUCCAGCUAUCUAACAAGAGGAAUGCUUUUGUUCGUAAGAUUUACAAUUGUCCCAUUAUUUGAUAGUCAGUCUUUUUCCAAAUUUCCAAUUUGUUCAUUUGAAAGAUGCAGUAGCAGCUCAGGAUAAUUUUUCUUUCAUUCUUGUUGAGAAGGGACCUUACGAGACAUAAUGACCAAUUGCUAUCGCCAGGUGAUCAUGAAUGGUCAAAGAAUAAAUAGGCUCAAGGGGCAAAUUGUCGAAUUAAAGAAUGAGAUCGUUAAUAUCAGGAAUGCCCCCCGCCGAAGUCAAAUGGAUGAUGGCUUUAAAAUUGAUUCUGAAGGGGAUGAAGUUCGAGAUGGUUUCAAGCUCCCUUGUAAAAAUUUAGAAGAGUUGAAAAUCUUUGACAGACAACUGCAAGAGGAUCAAGCCUUCCGGAAAAAGAUUUGUCUGAAGAUUUAUCGGGACGUUGAUAAAGAACGUUCAAUAUCUCGAAACUUGGGCGAAAUUAUUCGUAAAUUGAUCACGCAGAAUGUGGCUGUUCAGAUAACUCCCCUAAAAAAGACGGAGGGCAAAGAGGUGUUCAAAGAACUGACAUUGUACGCUUGCCUCGUUGCUGUUUUCGGCCACAAAUAUGGAUCGAAGAAAGAACCACUAGAUUAUAAGAAGUUCAAUAAAGCAUUAGGUGGAGUCUUGAACAAUUCAAAAGAUUGGAAUGGUGGACGUCGACAGCGAGGGAAACGAGCAAUGCCGCAAAAUGAUAAUAAUCCGAAGCCGAACGACGAAUUCUUCGAAGGAAUUUUCCAGGAAGAAUGAAACUUUUUAUAAACGAAUGAGGCAAAUACGGCGUGACUGAGUUGUCCAAAAAAUUGAAAGUGGACUGUUUGCAGUAAUUAAUAAUUAUGACAAAUAUUACUAAAUGAUGUUAAUGUUUAAUGUUUGAAAAAGUUUACAGUUUUUACUGAAUUGUUUCG